UCAUUGAGGACGAAACACGUAUGAAGAGGAAAAAUGACACUAUUGACUAAACUAUAUUGCAUAUUUCUAAUCAUUUUCUGUAUUCAUGGGAAAAAGUGUUCCAAGAAAGCAACAAUUGCUACGUUCAAUACUGGCUUAACGCCCAGAUUAUCAGAGUAUGAAGUUCGGAGGAAGAUGAUUCCGGCAGUGGUUGCAUCACUCAAUGCAGAUGUGAUAUGUUUGCAAGAGUUGUGGUUUGAAGAUGACAUAAAAAGUGUGACAGAAGCGGCAGCUAAUGAAAAGUUUGAUUCGUACAGCUCGUUAAAUUCAGCGGUAAAUCCGAUUAGCACGAAAACUAGUUCACUUUGGACUCGGACUUUGCAAGCAAUUUCGGAUACACCGUGUCUGACAUGGCGGUUAUUGCCGUUUUUAACGUGUCAGUUUUGGUAUUGUCGAAGCAAGGGUAAGAUGGAGUUACUUCAGUGUAUGAUGAAGAACUGUUUGUCGUACGUUAACGCCAUGCCACAAGAAUGUUUAUCCUGCAUUGUCAUUGGAUAUGCUGACCCUAGCACUGGCGUUGGAAGAUGUGUACCACUCUUUCACAAGUACAGACGAUUCAAUAAUCAAGGAUUGUUACUUUUGAGUAAAAUGAAAAUAAUAUCUGCCAGAAAACAAACUUUUAUAGACGAAAAAGUGAAGGAAAUUCUACCAAGAGGUUACAUCGAAGCCAAGAUCGAUGGUAUAGGUACAGUAAUAUGCACCCAUCUGACAACUAAUUUCAGCUCCACAAAAUAUGAAUAUAAUCUCAAAUAUUCGAGUCCAAAAGAGCAACAUGCUGAUGAAAUAAGCCAUCUGUGUGAAACGUUCAAGUACCGACACGGAAAGCAUAUCAUAAUGGGAGAUUUGAAUACUGGACCAUUAAGCGAGAAAAGAGAUCUAUGGGGAGACUUUCCAAACAACUAUAAAAUGUUUCAUAGAUGUGGGUAUACAUCCUCGUAUGAAGAGAAUAACGGAACAUGUACAUAUUGCACUUACAAUAGUAUACAGAAUAACACAACUAGAGGAAAACUACUAGAUCAUAUUCUGCUGACUGGGCAAUCUUACAAAAAUCCAAAGAAAAUAUUUACCCGGAGAAGAAAAGGCAAAAAUUUAUCCGAUCAUUUUGGUAUUCAGGUCGACGUUUGCUUUGAUUAAUUUUGAUUUACAUUAUCACAUUUUCACAAAUUGCUUUUCGGAAAAUCAAGUGGGAAUAUAUUAUUUGGUUUUUAUAAAAUAAAGUGUUUGUAUCUUU